ACCAUUAUUAUCUACUCGCGGAUACUAAACGUCAAUAUUGAAUAUACCCAGCUCUAUCAUUCCAAUCCGCAUCUCGCCGUUGCUGUCUCCUGAUCUCUCAGGAAUUUUUCUUCCCCUAUAUUCGUCAAUAAAGACCAUUCGCCGUUCAAAAGCGCAAGAUGCUAGGAACGACCGGACUGCUGGCUCUUCUGUCCCUCGCCUCGGCUACAACUGUCAUCCCUAGACAGACCAGUAGCGAUUCCACAGCUUGCAAUAACGCAGCCAGCCUCUGUUCAAAAUCCUACGGCGACAUUACUCAUCUCGGCGCGCACGAUAGUCCUUUUCUGCGAGACGAGUCUACUGGCAAUUCGAUAUCCGGCAACCAGUAUUACAACACCACUGUUCAACUCGAUGCCGGUGUCCGCUUAGUAUCUGCCCAGGUGCACGACAGUGAUUCCCAAUGGCGACUGUGCCAUUCGAGCUGCGACCUUCUGGAUGCUGGGAGGCUUCGUACGUGGUUAUCCGAAAUCAAGAGCUGGUUGGAUUCAAAUCCGAAUGAAGUGGUAACGGUUUUGCUGGUGAAUUCGGACGGCGCGACGGCCUCCGACCUUGCUGCGGAGUUUGAGGCCGCGGACAUCACCGACUAUGCCUAUACUCCUACAUCACAGUCAGCGCCAUCUUCGUGGCCAACAUUACAAGAGUUGAUCGAUGCCGGGACUCGUUUGAUGACUUUCGUUGCAUCAUUAGACGACAACUCAGGCGCUACAUAUCUCAUGGACGAGUUUACCUACAUCUUCGAGAACUCGUACGACGUGACGUCGCCAUCGAACUUUUCCUGCACUGCGGAUAGGCCUUCCAGCGUUAAGGGUAAUGCCGCCUCCGCCAUCUCGGCCAACAUGCUCCCUCUGCAGAACCACUUCCUCUACCAGACGAUCCUUCUGGAUUAUCAGGCCCCUAAUGAGAGCUACGUCGGCACCACCAACGCCCCCUCUGGCGGCGAAGGAAAUCUUGGUGAUGCAGCAUCUACCUGCCAGACUGCCUGGGGCCGCCAACCAGCCUUUAUCCUGGUAGAUUUCUUUGACAAAGGUCCGGCCAUAGAAACCGUGGAUAAACUCAAUGGAGUCACCAAUCCUGUUGGCCGCACAAAUAUCACCGCUGUUGCUGAGGACGAGGAGAGUUCAGCCUCCACCUAUUCGAACGUGUUCAAAGGGUUGGUUGACCUCGUCCGCAGCGCACAGGCUGGAGCUAGUACCAGUAUGGGUGACUGGAUCUGGGCUGGCGGUGACUGGGGUGAGAUUUUAGGCGGAGGUAUCGCUCUUUCUUAGCAUGGUUGAUCAGCACGACCACUUCUUGGUUUCUUCGAUAUUUAUUUUCUCGCCUCUUAUGCACCUCCACUUGAUACCUGGUUGGAUUAGACAAAGCAUUGUCGUUAGAUAGCCAUGCAUGGGAUCGGCGUUUUGGGUAAGCGACUGGAAGUUGUCCACAAGGGGUGGCCUUGGCUUAAAGUUGAACUAUUUGCAUUCGAAGCUAUGAUUUUGUCUUUUCA